AUGGUAGAAUAUCUUCCUUCAACUCCACGUUAUUUAAAAGUUCCAUUAAUAAUAUUAAAUGUCAUUCUUUGGUUAUUAGGAUUAGUACUUGUUAUUAUUGGUGGAAUUUGUGUUGGAUUUUUUUCAAGAUUUAAAGAGUUACAAGAAGUAGGAGGAGUUUCAGAAUCAAUAAAGAGUAUAUCGGUAUCAUUACCAGCUGGUGUAUUAAGUAUUGGUAUAUUCUUUAUGGUAUUAACAGUAGCAGGAUGUAUCGUAGCUUAUAAAGAGAAAAUGGUAGGAUUGGUAUUCUACACAAUAUUGAUGUUGGUUUUAUUAGUUGUUUUAAUUGGUAUUGGUGGUGAAGCAUUAACUUACCAUAAUGCUGAUAUCGGUAUUGAAAUCGAAGAUAAUUGGAAAAACAUCUCAUAUUCAAAUCAAAGUGUUGUAAUUAAAAAAUUGGAACAAUUCUUUGAAUGUUGUUGUUUUGAUGAAAGUGAUCUAAAAUUAAAUUGUACUGCAUUAUGUCCACAAGAUGAUCAAAAAAAUAUAUUAUAUAAUGGUACUUUUUGUUAUGAUGUAAUAUUUGGUGCUGUAAAUUCGAAAUUGUAUUUAGUUGGUAGUGCUGGUGUUGCAAUUGGUGUGAUUGAAUUGGUUUCAUUAAUGUUUGCUUUAUUUUUAAUUGUUAGAUUAUAUAAAUCAAAUUCUUAUAGAUAA